AUUAAAGCCAAUUAGAUUAAUGUAUAAAUUAAUAGAAACUGUAAAAUGUCGCGGCUGAGCGUUCGCUCAGUGCGUGCUGUCCACUUGGCCCACAAUGUUGUUGGCCCUCAGCUCGUUGGCGCUUGGUCUGCCGCUGCUGCUGCUGCUGCUGCUGCCUGGCCAAUCGAUAACUUAUCGAUUAUCGGAGUCAGACGACACUUCAGAUGCCGACUAUAUACAGCAAAUCAUAAGGAGAAUGCAGAGCGAAAGACCCAUCGAGACGCUGCUCUUCAAGCACCUCAGCCGCUGCCUCAUCGAUCUCAAUCCAAUUGGAAUUCCCGUGCUGCGCUUGGACGAGGCCAACGGGCUGCGGCUGGGCGAGCACUUCAACAGCGAGGCGCUCGCGCUGCUCUGCAUGCAGCAGCGGACGGACGUCGUCCUGCUGCAGAGCUUGGCGCAGAACCUGGAGCGCAUCCGAGAGAUGCGCAUUCUCAUCUGGCUGAAGCAGCUCGAGACGGAUCUGGAGGAGUCACUGUCGCUGAUCGCCGAACAGGCAGACAAAUACAAUUUGAUGAAUUUGCUGGUGCUGCACUCGGCGCCUGCGGAGCCGGCGGUAACUGCCUAUCGCCUGGAGCCGUUCCCGGAAGCGACCUUUGCGCCGCUCAACGACUCGGAUGGAGUUAAGAUCUUCAACCGGAUCUGGGGUGACUUUCGGCAAAGGAUCGCCAUAACCCAGCCGAGUCUCAGUAUUCCCGGCAGCUUCCUGGCCACGGACGCGAGUAGUGCCAGCACCUACCUGGGCGGCUAUAUGGAUCGCCUGAUCAUGGAGUUCGCCCGCAUCUAUAAUAUUCAACUGAGAUUCAAGGAUCCGCCCAACGAGAGCUGCUGGCUGAGCGACGUGGACAUCAAGGACUUGGUCAGGCACAAGCAGCUCGACCUGCCCAUGUACGGCCGGAUACUCACCUUCGAUGCGGAGCACACGACCUACCUGGACAUUGCCCAGGUGUUCAUAGUCGUGCCGUGCGGUAAGGAGAUGAAGUUGGACGAUGUCUUUAGAGGUCUGCGCACCUACUUCCUGAUCAUGCUGGGCGUCUAUCUGAUCUUUUCGCUGCUCGACAAGCUCUUCGAGCUGGCGAGCCGGCGUAGCUGUAACUCGAACUGGAACUGGAACUGGAACUGGUUCGCGGUGCUGGUCAAUCUGCGCGUGUUCGCCGUCGCCCUGGGCCUGCCCAUCGGCAUUAUUCGUCGCUAUCGCAGCCCCUCGAUGUGGCAGCUCCUCAUGAUCAUGUACGUCUUCAGCCUGGUCUUCAGCUGCUACUUCAGCGCCAGCCUGAGCGCCCUGCUGACCAAGCUGCCCUGCUACCAGCACAUACAGAGCUUCGAGCAGCUCCAGCAGAGCGGCCUGCCCAUUCUGUUCGACGAGCACGCCGCCAGCAUGAGCGAGCUCCAGGUGAACCAAAUCCAGAUCGGCCAGAUAACGAACAAAGUCCUCGCGCCGAACUCGAAGCGCAACAGCCUGAUGUUCGCGCUGAACACGGACCACGCCUACCAGACCUUCACGCGACUCUGGCAGCUGGUGAACAACUAUCAGAGCAGGUACAAGCGCAACGCGCUCUGCGAUUCGCCCGGGCUGAUCCUCUUCUACGACUACCCCAUCGUGGGCCUCGUGCAGCACAACUCCAUCUUCAGGCCGACGCUGAAUGAGUUCAUCUAUCGCGCCCAUGACGUCGGCCUGAUCGGUCACUGGAUCGCCGAAGCCAUGCACAGUCUAACGGCCUCGGUUAUCGAUCAGCCACGCAGCAAUCGAACCCACUCCCCCACCGACUUCUCCACUGCUCCGCUCAGCAAUCGCGAUCUGCUUUGGGUGUGGAAGCUGCUGCUCAUCUUCGAUGCUGCCGCUGCUCUGGUCUUCGCUCUCGAAUUGGCCCACAGAUAUUGGCAUAAGCUCAGAUACCCUAUAGCAAAUCUAAUCUAA